CUAAGGUUCAUAAGCAAAAGCGGUCUUUAAUUGUUCCAUUGAGGUGUCUGCUGUCGCUUCUUCGUUCCUACCGUCCACGACUAGAGCUCUUUCAAAACCGAGGAAGGACGCUACCGAGAAGAUGACUACCACUGGAGUGACAGGAAGCGACCUGUCGCGGAAACAAUGGGCGUAUGCGUUCGCCCUUGUUACGACUCUCUUCUUCACAUGGGGUUUUGCUUAUGGCUUAUUGGAUGUCCUCAAUUCUCACUUCCAGACUGUGUUCGGGAUCACAAAGUUGCAGAGCACGUUGUUGCAGCUGGCAUACUUCGGGGCAUACUUUGUAUGGGCGCCGUUCGCUGGAAUGUUUAUGCGGAAAGUAGGCUAUAAGAAAGGUAUCCACCUCGGGUUAACGCUCUACUCGCUAGGCGCUAUAUUCUUCUGGCCCUCUGCAAAGUUCGAAGCAUAUGGUGGAUUUGUGGGAUGUACAUUUGUAAUUGGCUGCGGGCUGGCUACACUCGAAGUAGCUGCAAACUCGUACAUUGCGGUGCUCGGCACGCCAAAGUAUGCUGCGGCGCGUCUCAACUUCAGCCAGGGGUUCCAGGGCGUUGCUUCUUUUACUGGACCGUUGAUUGCUUCGCGUUGGUUUUUCCGCGGCAAGAAUGCAACUACACUCGAUACCGUGCAAUGGGUGUAUCUUGCCGUCGCGGGCCUGGGCAUUGUCCUGAACACGCUAUUUUACUUCUGUAUGCUUCCUGAAAUCUCCGAGGACGCACUCAUGAAGGAAAUGGAAAGCAAGGGAUUUAGUAGGGAUGUUGGCCCGUUUUACAGGCAAUAUCGCGCUAUCUUUGGCUUCAUCGCUCAGAUGUGUUACGUGGGGGCACAAGUUGGUGUUGCCGCCUUCGUUGUCAACUUUUUAACGGAAGAGCCUGGACUGAACAUAUCUCAAUCGAAAGCUAGUACAAUGUUUUCGUUAUGUCAAGUUACAUUCACGGUUGGACGAUUUAUCGGGGUUGUCAUCCUCAACUGGAUUGACCCUGCGCUGUUGCUAACAUUCCAUUCCGUCAUGUGCGUGAUCGCGAGUAUUUGUGUGGCAACUCUAGAAGGAUGGACCGCUGUUGGGUUCCUUUACGUGUUGUUCUUCUAUGAGUCGAUUUGUUAUCCGUGCAUAUUUACGUUAGGCACGAAGAACCUCGGCGUACACACGAAGCGUGGAUCGGGUCUUAUCGUUAUGGGUGUUGGAGGAGGGGCGUGGUAUCCAGCGGCACAGGGCGCUCUAGCAGACCUUGCCAGCACGCGCAGGUCGUACCUCGUCCCUAUGUCCGGCUAUCUGGCCAUGCUCAUCUAUGCAGUAGGCCUCGUUGUGGACCAGACGAUCAAGGGCGGAUUCCGCUUCCGUAACAUACAUGAAGAGGACGCUAUCCGUAUUGCUGCUAUUGCAGGUGCUGGAGUUGUUGACCCGAACGUUGUGGAGCGCAUAUACGCAAACGAAAGCGACACUGGAAGUGAACGUAAGAGCGAGAAGAGUGAGAUGAUCGAACGUGUUUAGGACAAGGUGGAUUUCAACCCUAUUUCUCAGUGAUUUCGUUAGUGUAAUCCUGGUAUAAGGCUAGAGGAUGAUACUGCAUUUGGAUGAAAGUCAUGAUGACCAUUCUACUACUGUCUCAAUAAUCUAUAGAGGCACAAAAAUUGUAGUCUAAAU